AUGUCCGACUGGCUUUACAAUUUUUCAUGGAUUCAGUCGAUGUCUUCUAGCAGCACAAAAUCAGAACACCCUAUACCAACAAUAGCCAAGUUGGAUGAGGCAGACAAAGUGGAGUUUCAGUGCCUGCUGGCUGCUGAACAGCAGAAGGCUCAAUUCCCAACAGAGGUGCACCACGUCAUGGAGCCAUGUUGGGAUGAGUAUGUGGAAAACCUAGGGAACUGGCUAGACUCUUGUACUGAAAACUGCGUCACUAGCUGUGUGGACUGCUUCACUAACACUCUUGCCAUAACUGGUCAGUUUGCACAGAAUGUCCAGAAAGGAGGUCAGUAGGCUGGCCCUCAGGAGAAUGACAGAAGACACAGGACUUGUUAUUAAGCAGGGGGACUUCUAGUGGAGGAAAAGUUGUCUAGCUCAUGUCAGCUUAUGAGCAGUCAGUUGUCAGGUCUGUUGGUGCUGGAACCUAAACAACUCAAAUGUUUAAAAAAAAAGUUAAUCUCUGGAAUAUGACGUAAAAAAGGUGAGAGAAAGAGAAUGGAUAGGUUGGAGACAGCUGUGUUCUUAGAAUUGAAAAAGGCCAGCAGCCAGGAGGCUUGCGCUAGGUCAGGCUGAAGCUGGGAGCUGGAAUUAGCAGGAGAGUGCAAGGCACAAGGCCAUCCCUACAGAUCUGAGAGCAGAAUUCAAUUCGAUGGCAAGCCUUCCACCCAGACGGUAAGCUCAUGCCACACUAUACAUAACACAACCACCCAGGAAGAGGAAGAGAAUCUAGAAGCCAGUCAGGUCCAGGCACGUAGCUCAGUAUUAGAAAUAAAGGAAGAGGGGGAAGAAAAAGGGGGAGGAGAAAGGAGAGGAAGAGGAGGAGGUAGAUGAGGAGGGGGGAAGAGCACCACAGCUCAGCACUCAGUGACAGACUACUCCUUUCUGAAUCUGUGGUCCCGUGUGUCUCUGCAGUACUCCUAGUUCUGCCUGAGAAUGGGUUGUCAUCUCUUUUACCAAUGGGGUCUUUUCUCUCAAUGCCUGUGUGUCAACAGACUUAUCUGUUCCUUGACCUUUCAAGGCAAUAAUUACUGGAACUACAUCUUCCAGCAGGAAUCAAGUGUCUCUCCAUGUUUUAAGAUCAAAGUGCAGACCUCUGGCUCCUGUGUCUGCCUCCAGAGAGCACCAGUCUCUUCCAAUGCCAGCUUCCUGCAUGACUCCUGUUUCAUCCAAUUGUUUUCAUAGUGCUAAAGCCUUCUGAUUAAACUACACUGGGAAAUGCUCUGAAAACUGGAUGAUUUUUGUGCUUUCUCCUUGAUUCUUGUCAUUUAGGUUUCAAAAUCCCUUCUACUUUAUUUAACUGACAAUCUAAUUUCUUUAAGCUCUUUUUAUUCAAGGAUUAUCAGAAUGCUCAUAUUUAGUGGAUAAAAGUUUGGUGGAAAAUGGAAAAGUUAUACUAUCAAAGCCCCUCUCUGAAAGAAAGAAAUUAAUUGAUCCAUUUAACCAAGUGAUCAACGUUAGCCUUACUAGUGCAGGGAGAGAUGGAGAUAUAGGCCCUUUGUACCUCCUGAUGCCCUCCUUAAUGAGAUGAAUAAAAAACACUUUAUGACAGAGGUCCCCUGCCAAAAUGAUGUCAUCUGAAUGGUGAGGGAAUACGAAGCUCAGAGAGAAUUCUACAAAAUAACUGAUGCUUGUGUUUGCCAACAGAUGGU